CCCUCCGCACCCCGCCGGGCAGGGGCCGCGCGAGUUCUCCGGUAGGUGGGAGUCUGCCUGCCCGGAGAUGAACGGAGCCGGGAGACACGUCCCCGGCACGACUCGCAAAGAGCAGCUUCAACUUUUGCCGCUUGAUAAGAUGCUUGGUAGUGAAAACUUUGCAGAUGGGUGUACGCAGCUCAUUGUGCUGUGUGCUCGAUUGGGUUUGGAGUGGGUUUUGGGACAGCUCUGACCUCGCUGGCCAUGGCAAGGAGUGGCCAAAGCUGUGUUAGAAAGCACAAAUGCUUCUUCCCCUUUUCCCCCCUUACCACUUUGGGAUACCCAUGAUGUCCAAAGGCAAGUGCCUGGCACAGCAGACACCCACAGCCCAGUGGAGAAUGACGUUUGUGAGGCUGUGUGGCUGGAUCUGCACAUGGAAAAGCUGCACGGGAGCACUUAAAGGGAUUGGUGACUGCGUUUGGGCCAAGGUUAUCCAGAAUCACUGACUGUUGGAUACAAAUUCUGGGACUUGUGUCAACAGCCCAGCAUCUUGAGCCAUCCACAGCUCUCUGGAGCUGCCAGUGCCUGGAGUUUCAUGGUCACUCGAUGACUGGAAAAUUGGCAGGGCUGUGCCAGAGGGGCGUGCUUAGGUUUCCAUUUCUCCCCCAUAUCAUGUUGUAGCACUUGGAUGUUGGGGUGGGCUCAGGUUUCAGCCUGCAUCAGCAUCCGAAAUGCUGAGUGCUCCCAAAGCGCUGAGUCAGCUCUUCAGAGAAAGAAUCUGCGUGGACAAAACGGGGCACUGGGUCCCACUUACAGGGUGGGUUGUCUUGGAGGACAGAGAUGAGCAGUGAGUGAGAUUGACACCCACUUUGGGGAGAGGCUGUUGGAGUGAUGGGGUGGUAGAUGACACACGUCUUGUACCAGCCAGAGUUGGGCUGGGGACCAAGAGACCUUGGAAAAGACACCAAAAUCUUUGUGGCUGUGUAUCUUACAUGGCAAAAGUGGCACAUGAAAUAAGCUAAUAGCACCACUGUUUGGUGUUCUGCUUUUGCCACUGUUCGGCACGAGAUCUGGUGGCCCUGCGGGUGCUGAGGAGCUGACUGCUGGGCUCAGGGUUACCCAGUGGACCACAGUUUCAGAGCCCGGCUCUCUCCAGCUCCCACAGAGCCUGUAGGACUUAUCCAAGGUGGACAGAGGCAUGUCCUUAAGGGGAGAGCCCUGGAGCUUUCUCUCCCUCAUGUCCAAUGCACUUUGAUACAAGUGGACCAGGAGGACUCACUUUGUUUUAAAGUCUCCACAGAUCUUUGCAGCUCAGAUAAAUUCAGGCUCCCUGAUGUGCCUCUAGGCAGGGGAAAGAAGAAGCCUCUGGUCAUGGUUUAGUCAUGAGAUGAAAGCAGCACGAGCUGUGUGCAGGGUUACAGUGAAAACCCAGUUUAUUAAACUUCAUCUUGGUAAUUAGCACGGGGUGAAGAACAAAGAAAGAUGAUAUUGUAAAAGGGGAAUUGUCAGGGGUGUUAAAUAUUAAGUCAUCUGCUGCCAGAAUUGGUUCCCUGUGGCUGCUUUGUAUUCAUGGUCAAACACUGGAUGAAGUGUCUAAAUGGGUUUGGAGCAUCACUUGACACUGGAAACUUUAAAAGACAAAACUGAGCUGCAAAGUCACAAUUCCUAUAAUAAAGGUGCAAGUAUUUAAGGCUGGGCAGAGCUAAUGCCACAGCUUCAAAUCUCCUGCCUCCUCUCGCAGACAGAGUGAGGUGCUGGCAGCCUGUCUGCACUUUGCAGAUGAGCUCUGUAUUCACACGGCCACCUUGGAUUUGGGGUUUAUCCUCCAGGUGCCCAGUGCUGUUUAAUCCUAUCUUACAAACCAACCAGCACCAGUGGGGCAGCUUGUUUCUUUUCACACGAGGCAGCCUCAUUACUCUUCUGGGUCAUGACUCUGCUUAAAAUCACAACAUUUGGGGAAGAAAAGAAAAAUCACCCCAAACCUUGGGUUGGAUUAGUCUUUUUUCCCUUGUGCUUUCUGAUUCUGGCGCUCCUGUGAGUGCAGGGAGGGGAUGCGCCUUCGCCGGCCCUUCUCGCCCACCUGGCAGGGAGGUGAGAUGCCAGCCCGGAUCCCGGGUGUCCGCGAGCGGAGGAGGGUGGAAGCGCGCUCCCGUGUGCGGCCGCCCCUCCUGGCCGGGCUCCGCUCGCCUUGGCACACCCCGGCCGGAGGGUUGGCUGCUCACACAUCCGUCACGGUGCCUGAGAAGACAGCGGUGACGUGCUGGUCCCCUCCUCCUGCCCGCGGACACCCGCUGCUCACGGAGCGGCCAGCUCGGAGCCCCGGAACGCCCCACGUGAUGGAGAGGAUGGAGCUGCCGGGGACGUGGAGAUGGAGCGGUGCUCCUUUUUCAUGUGCUUAAAAAGACGACUGUGGUGGAGCCAGGCGGGAGGCAGGGAUCCCCAGGAAGCCAUGGCUAGAGACGGAUGUUCUGGGAUUCGGUGGAGGUGGGAGCUCUCCUAACAAUCCGUUGUCUUCUCCUGAGAACCCCAGGCGUGCUUCUUUCCUACUCCUCUGCAGAAAGCUCUAGAGAAAACGCAGCACCAUGUACACUUUCCUGCCAGAGAGCUUCACACCAGUGAAGCAGAAGCCCUCCAAGGAGCUGAGGCCCAUGUUGGGCGCCAUCUUGCUGGGCCUCAUCCUGUUCAUUGCCGCGGUGGUGGCCUGGUGCUACUACACGGUGUCCCUGCGGAAGGCGGAGCGGCUCAAGACGGAGCUGAUGGACCUGCGGGCGGACGGCUUCAUCAUCCGCAACCAGCACGGGGAGGUGGUGUUCCGGCUGGCCUUCCGCUCAGGCAGCCUGGACCUGGAGUCGUGCUCCAAGGAGGGCGAGAUCCUGAGCUGCUCGCGCUCGAGCCGGGGGCCGCUCAACUUCUUCAUCCAGACGGUGAAGCCCAAGGACACGGUGAUGUGCUACCGCGUGCGCUGGGAGGAGCUGGAGGCCGGCCCGGCCGUGGAGCACACCAUGUUCUGGGAGGACGCCCACUGGUACGGGGGCUCGGAGAUGAGCACCCAGCACUGGCCCAUCCGCCUGGCCGGCUACCAGGAGCCCGUGCCCUACGUGACCAGCGACGUCUACUCCUUCCGCGACAGCUUUGGCGGCAUCCUGGAGCGCUACUGGCUCUCCUCCAAGGCGGCGGCCAUCAAGAUCAACGACUCUGUGCCCUUCCACUUGGGCUUCAACGCCACUGAGCGCACUCUCUUCUUCCAGGCCCGCUACAAGGACUCGCCCUACAAGCCCCCACUGGGCCAGCAGCCCUUCCCCGAGCUCAGCUACCGCGUCUGCGUGGGCUCCGACGUCACCUCCAUCCACAAGUACAUGGUGCGCAGGUACUUCAACAAGCCCUCCAAGAUCCCUGCUGAGAACGCCUUCCGAUACCCCAUAUGGUCCACCUGGGCCCUCUACAAGAAUGAUAUUGACCAGGAUAAACUCUUGCGAUUUGCUGAAAAGAUCAAGAAGUACCAUUUUAACUGCAGCCACAUUGAGAUUGAUGACAUGUAUACCCAAGCCUAUGGGGACUUUGACUUUGACCCUGUCAAGUUCCCCAAUGUAACAGAGAUGUUUGCAAAGCUGAAGGAAGAUGGGUUUAAGGUCACUCUGUGGACUCAUCCUUUCAUAAACUACAAUUCCUCCAAUUUUGGUGUGGGGAUUGAGCGUCAGCUGUUUAUCAAGGAGCCGUCAGGGCGGCUGCCGGCCAUGGUGGAGUGGUGGAACGGCAUUGGGGCCAUCCUGGACUUCACCAACCCAGCAGCCCGGGAUUGGUUCCAGAGCCACCUGCGCCAACUCCGGCACAAGUACGGCAUCUCCUCCUUCAAGUUCGAUGCGGGUGAGACCAGCUACCUGCCCAAGCAGUUCAGCACCUUCCGCCCGCUGUCGGACCCCAGCAUCUGGUCCCGGCGCUACACAGAGAUGGCCAUCCCCUUCUACGAGCUGGCUGAGGUGCGAGUGGGAUACCAGUCACAGAACAUCUCCUGCUUCUUCCGCAUCAUCGACCGUGACUCUGUCUGGGGCUAUGAGUUGGGCCUCAAGUCCCUCAUCCCCACUGUGCUCACCAUCAGCAUGCUGGGGUACCCCUUCAUAUCUGCAGACAUGAUAGGGGGCAAUUUUUUCCCCAAUAAGACCAAUGGGGCAGUGGAGAUCCCUGACCGGGAGCUGUACGUGCGCUGGCUGGAGCUGUCGGCCUUCAUGCCCUCCAUGCAGUUCUCCAUCCCGCCUUGGCUCUACGACAAGGAGGUGGUGGAGAUUGCGCAGAAGUUCACAGAGCUCCAUGAGUCACUGGUGGCCCCGCUGCUGCUGGAGCUGGCGGGGGAGGUCACCGACACGGGCGACCCCAUCAUCCGUCCCAUCUGGUGGAUCUCCCCCCGUGACGAGGCCACUCACCGGAUUGACUCCCAGUUCCUCAUCGGGGACACCCUCAUGGUGGCCCCGGUGCUGGAGAUGGGCAAGCAGGAGCGGGAUGUCUACCUGCCAGCGGGCAAAUGGCGCAGCUACAAGGGGGAGCUGUUUGAGAAGACCCCGGUGCUACUAACUGACUAUCCCGUUGACCUGGACGAAGUUGCCUAUUUCCUCUGGGUUUCCUAACAGGCUUCUUCAUCAGCUUUGGAAUAACCAUGCCUUACCUAGGACUUUCUAACAAAUAAUAACUCUAAUUGCACAUUUCAUUUGAGACUGGGGUGGAGGAAGGGAACUAAAUAGACUUCACUGUUCUUGGGGAUAAUUUUUUUUUAUUUGGGGAUUGGUCUUGAUUUUUUUAAUUUGGGUCUGGUGGUAGGCUCUGAUUGGAUUACAGUAGGCAACAAUUUAUCUGGUUAGGUCAGAAAGGAGUUGUCGGUCUGUCUGCAGACAUGUAGUAAACCCAAUAUCUUUUCAGUUCUCAAGGAUUUCAAGAGUUGGAAGUUGGUUAGUGCCAGUGGGGAGCGUUCCUAGUCUUGUGGGAGCACCUGGCACUGGAUAUGGAGGCGUGUGCUGUGGGAGGGUUGCUGCAGCACAGCCUGCCCUAAGUUUUAUAAUAUGGCAAAUAUAUUCAAAAGGAUAUUUUUAAGACCAUAAAGCAAAACAGCAUUACAUAUAUAUAUACACACUUUUUUUUUCCCCCUUUUCCCUGGCACAGCACUGAACUAACAGUUGCCCCAUGCUCCUGUUUUCCUGGGUACCAGGCAGGUCAGGUCACUCAAGUGAUAUCCAUGUGUUUUAACUGAAUGGGUUGCUUAUUUCCUGCUGGGACAGCUGCAUCCCACCUGCUCACCCAUUUGACUCCCUCUACAAGGCUCUUGCCUCUCUGUGUUUUGCCCAGGGCAUCAACAUUGCCUUUCCUAGAGCAGCACUGCCUGUGCCAGCACAUCCCAUUUUUUAAGCAUUUAUGACCCCACUUAGUUGCAUGAUUAUCCUGCUGAUACUAUCCUUUUUGGUUUUUAAGGACAGAUGAGGUUUAUUGCUGGCAGAAGGUCUGCCUGGAGCAAAGCUGUCCUCAGACACUCCAUGCGGCGCUUCCCUGGGAACAGCUGGUUCCCGUGAGCCACACAUGUCUUGGAUUGACAGUGACGUUUGCUGAUAGCCGGCUUGCCUGUGGGUGGAAAACACCGGCUCUAUGAACUGAUGGGUCUGUGCCAGUGGGUGUUCUCACUGCACCCACAGAAAUGUUCUCAUAUAACAUGAAGUUAAGCUAAUACCCAUCUCAGGUCGCCAUUAAGAGGUGAUGAUUUUGUUGAGGGUUUUCCUGAGUCAGCCCUCCUCUCUCCCUGGGAGAGUCCCAGGGACCUUCCUCACGCAGCGUUGGUGUUGCUGGAGGUGCGAUUGCUGUCACAGGCUUCUAGAGGGCACAUGGGGUGAUGGGAUCCUGCACCCCAAGUCCCCAGCAGCUGCCUCUUUGGCAGAUUUCCCAUUUGGUUUUGUAUGGGAAAAUGAAUUUACAGAGACUCAAGGCAGGGCAAACAGGAUUGAAGUCUGGCAGCCUUUUUCCCUAAGGCAAGAAUUCCUGGUUGUGCCCCGGUUGGGAACAUGUGUCAGCCCCUGAAUUUUUGAUGAGCUUCUGCAGAAUUGAACUGCAAUGGCUGGGAAGGGUUGGGGCACCCUGCCCAGGCUACAGCCAGCCAAGGACAGCUCAGCAUCUCUGGGGCUUCUCCUGGGAUUAUGUGUGGGCUGGGCAUGGGUCUGGCACAAGUCAGCCACCCAAGGUGAUAGUGCGUGUUUUGGGUAGGGUUGGGUACCAGUGAGGAUCUUUCUCAAAGCCCAUCUCCUACCACAGGGCUUUUCAGGAGGCAGAAAAGGAGAUGCACUAAGCAUCUAAGGGUUGUGAUGGGGUGCAGGAGGAGAAAUUCAGCUGUUAGGGGCAAAAUCUGAAGAGCUUUUAUAGUUAGGAAGGAAGUGAGGAAGUCUGGUUUGAUUGAUUCUUUGGAGCAUCACCUUAAGACCUGUAUCUGCCCUGUAUAAUUUCAUCUCAAAAUGAGAUGUAGGGGAGCCUUAUAGGUCCCUGUCCAGCUAGAGCACAAGCAUUUCCUGAAGCCUGUUUGUUUCUCAGGCUUUUAAUUCUGAAGGACUCAAGUUUCUUCCCGGCCACCAGUGCAAAUAACGGUUAUGUUACAAGUUACAGACACCCUCUGGCAAGGAGUUAAUCCUGGAACCUCAGUGUCACUCAUCAGGGCACUGGCAGGACUUGGUCCUUGCUUGCAGGGUGGCAGUGAAGGUGAGGAGAUGAGACUGGCCAAAGCCUUCAAGAAGGGCCGGGUGUGGAGGGGGCUUUUGCAGCCCCAGAAGUGCAGGAAGACCAUGCUUUGAGAGGCUCCAGCUCUUCCCUUUCAACCUUUGCUCAUGAAAUACUUGUCAUCCUUUGGCUUGGGAGCAUUAGGUGGAGGAGAUGUUGCUGCACAGCUCAGCUGCCAGUGCAGAAUUGGGAUCCUUGGCACAGGACUUCACGGGAAGGAUCCCUGCAUGACCAUGAGAUAUUGCCUUCUCUUCGCCUGGUUCCAUGCCACUCAGUGUAUGCAUCACUAAUGAGGAAUGAGGCUGCGUGAAGAGAAACACAGCAUCCCUGUUAGUAUCCUUCUACUAUUAAAAUGAUGGGAGCAGCCAGAUGAGUGCCUUCAAUCUCCUUGCAGUGGUUUCAGGCGCUGUCAGGAAGGUCAUGGAGGAAAUUCUCCAUUAGACACACUGUCUUCUUUCCCCUCCCCUCAAAAGAAAGGAUUGUAUUAACAAAGUUAUAAUUUUCUUUUAUUUAACUAUGCCAAUGAAUGGGUAAGAUUAUAGAGUACCCUUAUUUUUCUAAAUGCUGUAAUUAGGGCGUAAGUGUCCAUGGCUGUUCCAUGGUCCAGCAAGGAGAAAGGUAAAGCUGCUGAGAGGACUAAGAGCUGAUGUUGGGGAUAGGCUCAGCAGUGCUGCCUUAAGCUGUCUCACAGGCUUCUAGGUGCCCUUUCCAUCCAACUUUUUACCAAAACCACUAUUUCUAACACUAUGCUGUAGUACUGCAGGACUUGAGGAUCUCUCAGACCUUGCAGACCAGAAACUCUGCACAGAUACCUUGGGAACUGCUGCUAGGGAUAUUUCUCUGAUUUACACCAUGGGUCACUGGCCAAAGCUGGGUUUAGCUUGUCUUAGCCAAGAAAAAGGCCAAAACCAGGUUUGGGAUGUGGAUUCAGCCUUUUCACACGUGAUGCUUACGUGAUUGAAUUUUGAAGCUUGCACUGUUGUGUAUCAGGUUUUCUGGAUGCUUGUGUUUGUACAUGCUGUCCUAUGUCCGACUGUAAUGCUGGUGGGUCUGUUUUUAACCACUUUUCUAAUUUCUAAUUGGUAUGAACUGUAACAUGAAUCGCCUUGAUUGAGAUAAAAUUUUGGAAAACAAAAAGAAGUUUAACUAUGUCCAUCUGUACCACGUUGGUGGGGCUGGUGGUUCAGGGAGAUUUGGGGCUUUUCUUACCCUAGUCUUUACUGAAAUCAGGGUUGAGAUUGUUGUUUUAUUUAAAGCUUGCAGCCUGCAGCUUUGAUGUAUGUUUUAAAAGGAGAAGCUGGCAGUAACCCCACUCUUGUGUUUGCAGUGGUGGCAGACAAUCCCAUUGGACUGAGAAUUGUACUCCCUUGGGUCCUGACAGCAAAGAGACUAGCUGUGCCUUAGGGCUGGCCUGGAAAAGGCCAUGUCCAGGUGAACCCCAAUGUUUUGUCAGCUGCCGGGGGUGGGGACCAUACACACCAAUUGGGUCAUGCCCCUAUUUCUACUGACAUUCACCCCAAAAAAGGCUCAUCAGCACUGAUUCUGGGGGGGUUUGCUAGUCCAUGCUGCUCUCAGAGGACACAUACUUCAAGACUGUAGGGGAUAAGCAAGAGGAGCCUGUUCUCCACUUCUCUUGGGCAGUCCAGAAAGUCCUUCUGACUGUCCCCACGGUCCCCCUUUCCAGAUGGUACUGACAGCAAGGACAUGGGUGGAGUAGAUGCUUGUAGCUAUGGGAGUGCCAGAAAUGGAGCAUGUGAGACUCAUUUAGGAGCCUGCCUUGCCCCUCAUCACCCCCUUUGCCCCAAAUAAUGUUUUUCCUUCCCUUCUCAUUGUUACUGCACAAACCAUAGCUACCUUGUGCCAUUGGCAUCAAUAAUAGUGGCCAACACAUACAGUGUGGCUUGAGGGUUGAGAGGGACUUCGUUUCACUCCUUUUGCAAUAAAAGACAUUUUCCCAGUG